UAGGUAGCGCGUCGCAUUGUGCGGCUGAGUUCGUGGCUGUGCGUACGAGUCCAUAACCUGUCGCGUGUGGUUCGCCUUGAUCGCAUCAUCGAUUCUUGACUCGAGCGAGCGUCUGCCGACGAGUUGCCCGUGUUUUUCGCGAUCGCGUAAUUACGUCUGGCUGGCCGGACGACGCCUGGCUGUUCACGGACUGCUUUGUUCCGCGGGACAACGCUCGAAGACGCGGCGAUGAGGGAGAGCUGAGAGCAGAUUGCAACGCAUUGUGAAUGAGAAAUGAGUGGUUCCCGACUUGGCAGGGGCCGGGGUGGCCGCCUGGCCCUAUAUGUGGGUUGCGGGGUGGUAGUUGUUCUUCUGGUGUUCCUCUACCGUGCCGCCACCUUGGAAAUGGCCAGGCUUCGAGAACGUGAAAUCCAAUGUACUCAUCAGCAAGGUGCACUCGCUGCUCAACUCCAAGUUAUAUUCGAGUAUAAAACCCGUUUGGAAAAGUCCCUGGCUGAGGAGAAGACAUCAAAUGCAGCAGUGAAACAAGAACUUCAGCAGCGUGCCUCCAGAGAGAAGGAUCUUCGCGACAAAGAUGGCAGAGAAGCGAUGCAAAAAUUCGAAUCUUUGCAGCAGACCUACAAGAUGCUGCAAUCGGAGCACCAGGAUUUAAAGGAAGGGUGCAAGAAACAGGAGACGCAAGCCUUGGAGAACAUGAACAAGCUGGAGACAACUCUUCAGAACUUACGUACCCACAUAAAGCAAUUGAAAGAAGAGAAAGAGGAGAAGAGCAGGGCCUUAGAGGAUUUGAAGAACAAGUACCUGGAAAUGGAGACAGAGAAGACAAAGCUCGAGGCGAAGUACAAAGAUUUAUUGAAAAGCACUGACAAUACAGAUAGCACUAUCCAGCAUCUCAAGAAAGAAGUGUUUCAGUUGACACACGAAGUGGAGAGAGCCCGGAAAUCUAUAAAUAACUCGCAGAGGACAGAACAACAGGGGGCAAAACCUGCGAUCAUGUCAUCUCAACAGCAACAGAGCACAGUGGCAAGCAGCUCGAUGAAAUCAAUUCCAGCAGUGAGAUUGGAGACUUCAACGACUGCAAACAACCUUAAUCCGUUGUCUACAGCCGUGGUGAAGUCACUCCCAGCCGCUAAACCACUGUUGAAGUCCAAACUUCCAGUGGGUGUACUGCCAAUUCCGGUGCUGAUCGAUCAGAAAUUGGAAAAUCGUGAGGAAAAACAGGACAACACCGCGGCGAGAAUAAAGAACGAGCCCAAAAAGAAAAAGGACGCGGAGAGCAAAGAGAUCGAGGAUGAAAACGGCAAUUUAGCUGCUCAAUUUCAAGGUAGAAGAAAUGAAGAACAUCAUCCUGACAGGCGGGGCUGGCUCAAUGUUGUUCCUGGCAUUCAAGAAAUUGGGGAUGAAGGCAAUCACCUUCGACUUUCUGGUUUUCAAGAAAGUGCGGACAAAAUAGAGGCUGGUGACGAUCAGUAUGAGGUGGUAGAUUAUGGCAAAGAACCUCAACAGAAGAAUAAUGACAUUCACUUAGUCGAAGAAGAAGAUGAAGGCGAAGAUGAAGAUGAACCGAUAGACUACCGCCAUAAUUUGAAACAAAAGAGGCGUAAGUGAACAGACCGAGUUACCAAGAAAACUGAAAGCUCGUUACUUAAAUAAUUGACCGUUUUGGAACAUAAUUUAUGUUUGGCACAAAGAGUAUUUUCUCCGUACUAUAGCGAGACAGUAGGAGUACAAACGCGACGCUAUGGAAGAAAUAAUGUAUUUACAUUUAAGGAUUUCUAUUCGAGGAAAGAGUCAGCUUUACAUUUAACAAUUGCAGUUAACGAUACUUCACUUUUCCAUUACUUAACAGACUGGUCAGUAACAUACAUUCUUCGCCAGAAAUCGAGAACUUCAUUCUCUCUCCACUCUAGAUUCUGAAAUUCGGAAAUCUCGUACAAUGAUCUAGCCAAAAUGUUUAGGUAGGUGAUAUUCUAUGCAGAUGUUAUUUAAGAGCCACUGCGCUCGACUAAGGGACAAAUUGUAUUUUUAUCCAGAAAUUAGAGAGGACGUUCGAGCAGCGUAUCGAUAGAAGAAACAGACUGUAUUUUUCUAGAUUUAAACAUACCGUAAGAAAAACGGAAUUAGGGUUUUCACAAUGAAACAAGGAAUCUGUCGUAAACAUUUACUCUUUCAAUGGCAGAACAUAAAUUUUAAUUGAAUCACUUGUGUUGCUAUAUAUGUGCAGAAAAUUGUCAUUAUUUUUUACUGCAGCUAACAUUACAAUUUUUGUAGACAUUC